AAUGACCCGAGCAUUUGGUUUCCCGCCAUUCGUUGACUUUAUUGAGAUUUCAUUGAAAUAAUUGACGAGAAAUGCGUUGAAUUGCGGACACAAUCGACACAACACUCACUCAUGGCUUCCGAUAAAACGGACGACAAGUGUGUGGACACGACUCCCGACCCCCGCGUCGGCGACGACGACGAAGACGCGGAUCAUUACGACGACGAAGAGGGCGGCAGAAGAUUGGGCGAUAUAUUCAUACCUCCGGCGCCGCCGAAGCCGUCGUAUAGCGGAGAUGAGACUGGAGUCCGACUCGUCAUUACACACAUCGAAAACAUUAACUUCAAGUCUUACGCAAACCGACAACUGUUGGGUCCCUUUCAUAAGAGCUUUACGUCGAUAGUGGGUCCGAACGGGUCCGGGAAGUCCAAUGUGAUCGACUCUAUGCUCUUCGUGUUUGGAUACAGGGCUCAAAAGUUGCGCUCAAAGAAGUUAAGCGUUUUNCAGCAAUUGAACUCUCAGUUCGACAAGAAUACAACGGAUGCCAGGGAUAAGCGCCACGCGUUGAAUAGGUUUGAGACGGAAAUCCCUUUAUCGGAGAAUAAGGCCAAAGAAAUGCGAGAAGAGAUCGACAAAUUGGAGCAAAAUAAGCACAAAUUGACUGAAGAAUACACUAAUCGUAACAAUCAUUUGCAAUCUUUGAGACACUCGGCGGUCGACACGCGCUCUCGAAAUAGAGUUUUAAACUCUAUAAUGGAUCAGAAAAGAAAGGGUAAUCUUAAGGGAAUAUUAGGCCGAUUGGGAGACUUGGGAGCCAUUGACCCGAAGUAUGACUGCGCCGUCUCGACCGCCUGCGGACCCCUCGACAACAUUAUCACCGAAACCAUAGACGACGCGACCGAAUGUCUCAAUUAUCUCAAGAAGAAUAACAUCGGAUUUGCAAAGUUAAUAGCUUUGGAUAAAAUGUCUAAAUCAUGUCAAGUGACUCAACCCGAUAAUUAUCCCGAAGGCGUGUCCCGUCUGUUCGAUCUGAUUCGAGUUAACGACGAGAGAGUGAAAGUAGCCUUUUAUUAUGGAUUAAGGGAUACACUCGUCGCCAAAGACAUAGAUCAGGCGCACAGAAUAUCGGCACCAAAAGGCGGCGGUAGAAGGUAUCGAGUGGUGACACUUAAGGGCGAACUCUACGAAACGUCCGGUACUAUGUCUGGUGGCGGUCGACCCUCUACUGGAAGGAUCGGUUCCUCUGUUGCCGUCACAGAAGUGGACGAAAGAGAAAUUCAAACACUCGAAGAAGAAGUGAAUCGUUUGAAGAAUAAAAUCAAUGAAAUCAAUAAUAGGUUAGAAGACUUGAGGACCGAAAUUGAGAGACAUUUGAAAGACAUUAAUGUUAUGAAGAGAAAUAAGCCUCAGUUUGAAAUGGAAGUGAAAGAGUUCGACAAAAUUGAUUCCGAACUCAAGAAGUCUAUCAAAGAACAAGAGGAACGCGUGAAGAAGUCCGCGCCCGACCCAAACAAAGUCAAACAACUCGAGGCUAAGACUGAAAGCGAAACUAAAAAGUAUGAAAAAGAGGAACAAAAGUGUUCCAAACAUAACGAAGAAUUGGAUGAAUUGAAUGACAAGAUCAGCGAAUUAAUGGAGAAAAAGGUGGGAACCGCUCGUAAGAAAGUCGACGAACUUAACUCUCAAUCCAAAAGGAUUAGCACUGAUUUGAAUAAAGCAAACGUUGCGUUGACUACAUGUGAGCGCAAUAUCGAGAAAUCGAAGGAAAAACUGAAAUCACUUGAAGAAGAAAAAACUGAAGCAUUGAAUACUUUGUCGCAAACGAAAGAAGAACUCAAAACACUGGAAACAGAAGCGACACAACUGUCGGCCGAAUACGAGGCGGCGGUCAAUGAGCGCGAAGAGGCGGACACUAAGUUGAAAGCCAUUCAAAGCAAAAUUAGCAAAAUUAAGGCACAAGAAGUGAAACUGAAUAACGAGAACAUUGACGCCAAACACGAAGUCGAACAGCAGAAGACCAAACUCGACGACAAAGAGGCCGAAGUGCGGCGCUUGACUCAAAUGAUUGCCGCACUCGAACUCCACGUAAUCGACGACAAAGAGAAGCCUUCAAUACCCGAAUUGACGGCCGAAGAGAUCGAGAAUUUAAGCCCAAAUUCCUUACAAAAAGGAAUCGAGAAUUUGGAGAAAGAGCUGAAGAAAAUGAAACCAAAUAUGGCUGCGAUCGAGGAGUUCAAGAAAAAAGAGACCCUUUUUCUGGAGCGUUGGAAAGAGUUGGAAGAGAUAACCGCCAAAAGAGACACAUUUAAGAGUCAAUUCGACGAAAUCAAAAACCUUCGCGUCAAGGAAUUCAAAGACGGCUUCAUUACAAUCGCCCGGAAGUUGAAAGAAAUGUAUCGAAUGAUAACAAUGGGCGGCGACGCGGAGCUCGAGUUCAUCGACUCAAUGGAUCCGUUCGCAGAAGGCGUCACAUUCUCUGUGCGACCGAAUAAGAAGACGUGGAAGAAGAUAUCAAACCUGUCGGGCGGUGAGAAGACUCUCUCCUCACUGGCGCUCAUCUUCGCUCUCCAUUACUAUAAGCCGUCGCCGCUGUAUGUGAUGGACGAAAUCGAUGCGGCGCUCGAUUUCAAGAAUGUCUCGAUUGUCGCCAAUUAUAUCAAACAGAGGACACGGAAUACUCAGUUCAUUAUAAUCUCUCUUCGCAACAAUAUGUACGAAUUGGCCGAUCGUUUGGUUGGCAUUUAUAAGACUUAUAACUGCACUAAAUCUGUGACAAUAAACCCAAACAUAAUCGAAGAGAAGCGUAUGGAGAGACGGACUGUUAUACUCUCGAGUACUAACGAGAACUCAUCUCAACCCAGACCUGAAGACCAAACGGCCGACGCCACCGAUACUAACACCAGUUUAACUGAAAAUACGUCCAAUAACUCGGUUUUUGCUAACGUUUAG